AUGGGAGCUAGAGAAAGCAAAUUAAGGAAAUGGAUUAGUGGUGGAAAUGGUCACUACAAACGUAUACAAGGUCCUAUGUUGUUGGCACCAAAAGGUUAUGUUCCAAUAUGUGUUGGAACAAAUGAAGACACUUGUAGGAGAUUUAUGGUUCACACAAGAGCACUUGGUGAUGCAUUUUUUUGUGAAUUGUUGGGUAAGUCUGAGGAGGUAUAUGGGUUUAGUAAUGAAGGGGUUUUGAGGAUUCCAUUUGAACCACAAGAUUUUGAGGAGUGGUUUAUUGGAAGGUCCAACACAAAGAUUAAAAUUAAGAAGAGAAUGGUAAUACCAACUUGA